CGCGCCGGCGCCGGCCCGGGAGCCGGAUUUGGAGAGCGCGGCGCCGGCGGGGCCGCAGGGGGCGGCGCGGCGGAGCCUCCCGUGGCCUCGGACGCUCCUCCUAGCCCGCGGCCGCCGCCCGCCUCCAGCUCCUUCGCCCCGACCCGGCCGGCCGGCCGGCCGCCCGCCACUUCCGGCCGCUCACCUGGGACGCGCUCACCUGGGACGCGCUCACCUGCCUCCGGGCGCCUGGGCAGCAGGAUGAAGGACCGACUGGAGCAGCUGAAGGCCAAGCAGCUGACACAGGAUGAUGAUGCCGACGAGGUUGAGGUUGCCAUUGACAACACGGCUUUCAUGGAUGAGUUCUUUUCUGAGAUCGAGGAGACUCGGCUCAACAUAGACAAGAUCUCAGAACACGUGGAGGAGGCUAAGAAACUCUACAGUAUCAUCCUGUCCGCACCGAUUCCUGAGCCAAAAACCAAGGACGACCUAGAGCAGCUCACGACCGAGAUCAAGAAAAGAGCCAACAACGUGCGGAACAAACUGAAGAGUAUGGAGAGGCACAUUGAGGAAGAUGACGUGCGGUCGUCGGCAGACCUUCGGAUUCGGAAAUCCCAGCACUCCGUCCUGUCCCGGAAGUUUGUGGAGGUGAUGACCAAAUACAACGAGGCUCAGGUGGACUUCCGUGAACGCAGCAAAGGGCGAAUCCAGCGGCAGCUCGAAAUCACCGGCAAAAAGACCACAGAUGAGGAGUUGGAGGAGAUGUUGGAGAGUGGGAACCCCGCCAUCUUCACUUCUGGGAUCAUCGACUCUCAGAUUUCGAAGCAAGCCCUCAGCGAGAUCGAGGGGCGGCACAAGGACAUCGUGAGGCUGGAGAGCAGCAUCAAGGAGCUUCAUGACAUGUUCGUGGACAUCGCCAUGCUGGUGGAGAAUCAGGGAGAGAUGCUAGAUAACAUAGAGCUGAAUGUCAUGCACACAGUGGACCAUGUGGAGAAGGCACGGGAAGAAACUAAAAGAGCCGUGAAGUACCAGGGUCAGGCCCGGAAGGUGAGACUGUCCCACUGCCUUCAGAGAAGAAAGUCCAUUCUGCUCGCGGUCUCUCGCUCUUUCUCUCUUCUCUGUCCCUGUCUCUGUUUCUGCUGCCACCACCUCUUGCAUCCGGGGAAAGGGAGCCAUGAUUGACCGUAUCGAGAACAACAUGGACCAGUCUGUGGGCUUUGUGGAACGGGCCGUGGCAGACACCAAAAAGGCUGUCAAGUAUCAGAGUGAAGCUCGGAGGGUGAGCGCCUCAGUCCCCACCAGUCUGGCUUGCUUCUCCUCUCUCUGGUCCUCCGCACCCUCACCCGUGUCCUUGAGCCCGUGCCUUCCCUCUGUGUCCUGGCCUCCUCCCAACACCUACAUCAGCCUUUCCCUGAGAGUAGCUAGCUGCCCUUCUUCCCCCAGUGUUUCUUGCAUGGAUCUGGCUCACGUACUCUCUACCCAAGGAACCAUACUUGGAGGCCGUUCUGUAGGGUGGACGCGUUGCCCCGGUGUGGCUGCUAGACUUCUGUUCCUUUCAGAUGUUACACUUGACUCCUCUGUUCUUCAGAAACCUGUUUGCCCUCUUCCACUCCAUUAACCAGGCUCCACCCCCACCCCCUUCUCUCUGCCAUGAACCCAGUGCUGUGCUGAUCGCCAUGUAACAUUACCUCCUCUCUUACGGAGCACCUAUUAUUUCUACUUACACAUGAAGCAGCUGAGGGUCAGAGGUUAAAUAGUUGGCUUCAGGCCACCUAGUAAGUACAGGAGUGGGAUUCAAAGUCAGAUUCCAGUCACACUGUUCCCACCAUACCAGUGCAUUUCUCCCUCUUCCAGUGCCCCUGUUGCUUGAGGACUUCUCAGCUUCUCUGCCCGUUGUGGUAGCCAUCUCUGGUGGCUUGUGCUUUAUAGGCUGUUCUUUUCUCUUUCUCCUGGGCUCUGACACUUUGGUUCUUCAGUUCUUUGAUUUCCUUCCAACUUUACCUGUUGCUUGUGUAAGGAUUCAGGGAGCUGGGAAGUUAUUUUACAUGAUGAAUCCAGGCUGGCGCACAACAGGACUGUAAUCACGCUUUCUGAUCCCCAGUCACUGGAUCAGGUCUGAUGGGCAGGCAUGUGCUUUAGGGGAAAGACGGAUGGAAGUUUGAAAUUAGGUCUAUUAAAAAACAUACACUUCUUGAAAAGGAAAAACUGGUCACGUCAUACCUUGGCCUAUAGCUGCUUGGAGACAGUUGUUGUUGUUGUUGUUUUUAUCUGUGCACAUGUCCAAGACUGCAGUGUGAGCUGAGAGCAGCUCCAUAUUUCCAUCUGCUGGCCUUGCCAGCCAGGAAGUAAUUUCAGAAAUAUAAAAUAUCCUAAUAGAAGGUCUUUAUGUAGAGAUGUAGCCUUCUUAUUUGGAUCGAUAAGAUGCUUUCAACGGAGAGGUGAGACGGGUUGGGUUUUGGAUGAAUUACUGUUUUGGGUUGUUUGUAAUAAUGCUUUGUUUUGUUUCUCUUAUCCUUCUCUCCAGAAAUUGAUAAUUAUCAUUGUGCUAGUAGUUGUGUUGCUGGGCAUUUUAGCAUUGAUUAUUGGACUUUCCGUUGGGCUGAAAUAAUGGUGGCCUGAGUGGCUGCUGCACUGA